AUGCACAUACCCGAGCUAAUUAGCUCCGUCUGCCUCUGUGCCCAUACUCAUCUCGAGUCUCAGCCAGAGUUGGGUGGACGUUGCGGAAGUGUGCACACUGCUUUCACUGAAGUGUCUCUGCGUAUCGGGGAUACUCUUUGUGGCAUGGCCUAUCCCCUGUAUAUUGCUCUGCGUCGCCACGCUGUUCUCAAACACAACUCCAACUUUGAUGCUGUGCUCUAUGGCAAACCCGACGCGGAGCCCGUGGACUGCCCCUACUGCGAGCUGGUAGCUUUCACCCGGCCCGAAGUGCUUCGCUUGCACCUGAGCAAAAUUCAUCCGGAUCAGGUGCAACAGCAGGCAGUGGUCGCGGCCGUUGCCUCCGCUCUGGGACCCGAAGAAGAUGACCUCAACGAUAAGGACUGGACGGGCAGCAGUAGCAGCAAGUCGACGGAACGCAAAACCAAAGGUAGACCUUUUUGUGUGGGCACAGUGGUACUUGAUCCGAUUAGCUCCUGUUGUUGGAUGAAUCGGAUGUCACGAAUAGUGGCGGCGAUCGGAAGCGAGUUCCUCGCAUAUGUCAACCCAGUGCUUGUUCCAUUGUCGCAAGCCGUAAACUGUUGCGAGACCCAUCCGUUCGACGUCAGACUUGACAAUUUUGAGCCGCGUCUUCAGUUGACUGCUAUAUUGUUACCUACAGUUUGCAUAGCGAGACGGAACAUCUCAGACGCUGGUAAUGGGUCGUCGGAAAAUCGAGUUUUAAUCGUGGAUUUUAAAGCAGGUAACAUCUGCCCGUCGUGGUCCUGUCGUCUGAUCGGGAUCGACGACUAUCCUGGGUCUCUGUGGGUUAUGUUGGCGAAACUGUCCUCAUUUGAAAACACUGAGGAGAUCUGUUCAACCUCGCACCUGUGCGAAACCACAGGCCUCUUGCCUGUCGACACAGGUUUAAUCACCAACCAACCUAUAUUGUGCUAG